UACAUCUUUAAAACGACCUGAUGUCAGAAGAUGCCAUGGAUCUCCUGUUGCAGGAUGACCCAAACGAUCAUGCAUUCAGUAUAAACAUGUACAUGGUAUUGACAUCCCAAUAUUUAGUGGGAAGUUCCCAGGUAUCGUCCGCUAGUGACAGUCUGCUGGCAAAUUCAGACAUGCGAUGGAAGGAUGCUGAUGUGAAGGAUACAGAGACACCUGAUCCAAGAACUAUGGCAUUUCAUUCAGAGUGUCAACCUGACAUUCAGUUGAUAUGGGACCCGAUUAUUCAGAGAACUGCAGAUUUUAUGAAGCUGUUUUUGACAGAAGAUUUGGUUUUCUCCAUCUGUAUUGCCACCAACCAUUAUGCUGAGAUGGUCAUAUUUCGAGGGAAGGAUUGUCAUUAUGCUUCCCAAGGAAAUUCGCAUCCUCUCACUGAAGAGGAAUUAAGGCACCUUUUGUCAGAACAAGCUCUAAAGCCCCCGUUUGGCAGUGGGUUGUCCAGUCUUGCUCUAUCUACCAUGUCCUUGAGAUUUCGAGGCCGUCUGAAGGCUGCCAUUGGUGGCUCUUUGAAUACUGUUGCCAUUCUUUCGUUGUUGUAA